GCAAUAGCAACAGUAGUAUGGGGACUUCUUUUGGUGGGCAGUCAAUGAUGAACGGAGCAGACCAAAUGCAGAUGGGGGUUUCUCCAGCGUCAACCACCUCUAUGAAGAUUGAUUGAGGGAAAAUCAAAAUGCUAUCCAAAUAGAAUGAGAUGACCGUAAUUACUGAUAGAAGUGGAAACAUAAAGGACGAGAUUUAUAACUUUAUUAAGUACCUUGGACCUUGCUGCCAUCAGUCACAUAGUACAUUGUAUAGAAGUCGAGUCUAAUAUAAUCAUCUUCAAUAUGUAUGGUUCUGGUAUUUGGUAACCUGAAUUUGAUCCUAAGGGAAAACAAGAAGAGAACCCUUAGGAUCAAACUCAGGUUACCAAAUACCAGAACCAUACACAAUAUCAAUACCAUGUCUAAUAUCUUCUCCAACGCGGCUUCGAAUGGAUACAAGCACGCUAACCCUUACGGUUCAUUCAAUGCUGCGCCACAGACGAGUUCGUUCUCAGGUGGUUCGGGUAAUGGCAGUGUUUUUGUGCCAAACACGAAUCUGAUUGGCACAGUAAAAGCGAGCAACGUCAGUGACUUUGCAACGCGGGCAAAACCCGGCGAUUUCGCACCGACUCUUGUAUUUAACAGAUAAGAAUAUAAUACUCGAUUCGUAUGGUCUGACUUUAAUACCACAGUAGUCAGCACGGUCCACGAUCUUGUUCGUGUUUCGUUAUCAUCAGAUAAGAACUUGAACUUCUGAGUUUAGCUUUUCUCCAUUUCCCCAUCAGGGCACUUCCGGUAAGGUGCGCGCCGUCACAGAGAUAUCCCCGACGAAGUUGACAGCGAAAAUUUAUGCUUCAACUAGUCUACAUGUACAUAGACAUCUUCAAGAACUAGGGCUAGUUUCUAUGAUCCUCUGGGUUUGUAGCUAGUUUCUCUUGCUCUUCAAGAACUGGGUUAGUACUAGUAGUAGUAGCUAGUUUCUUCUAUCAUCCUCUUCUUUCUACCUCUACAGCUACAUUCUUCCAAGAUAGAGAGAAAGUCAAACUUUCAUUCUGCCAACAGCAUUAUCGAAGACGUGAAAGCAAAAAACAAGGGUCAAGAAAAGAGCAAAGUGACGGAAGAACAGGAGCUCUCUGCAACGGCUACCAGUACUAUUGCUAUUUUGAUUGAUAAUUUGGUCUUCGUGAGUGUUGACCACAUUUUUCUCGAUCUUUUAGUACUAAAGGAUAAGGUAGAGGAAUGCCGCGUUUCACUGCCUCUACAUUCACCUCAAAAUACAGGAUUAGCACCGCUAUACUUCAGUUCAUUCCUCUGUCUUCUAAAAGUAAAGGGUUCCGUGCCUCGAUGUGUAUCACCAAAGACUGGUGUCAAUGUUGUUUUUCCACCAAUCAAGUAUUCGUUCAUCGUUCUUGUUGUUUUUACACCAAUCAAGAAGUAUACGUUCUUUAUCUUCUCAGCAACUACUUCGAGCAAGGGGAAGGGAUCGCCGACCGAUAAUUCAGCGUCCGAAGAAGAGCCUGGGGUACUGAGAAAUUUGAAAUUAUUCGUUGUUGUAUAAAUCCGAAUUUGAAAUAAAAAUACUCACUGUAGUGUCUUUAAUAUUUGCGUUGCUGCAGGAGUUCGUUGAUUCAUCUCUCUCGUCCAUGCGUCUCUUAAUAUCAACAUCUUCUUAGAGUAAGAAGUACUAUUCACUUUCUUCACUUGGUAAUCUUCUCAUACUCAACAUCUUCAGGCUAGCCUGAGCGUCCUCGGACAAGAAACGGAUGAAGGGGCUACGUCAACGACAACCAUUAUAUGCCCUGACAGUCUUCUCGGUAGUGAGACGAGCAAUAGUGGGACGAGCAAGACUACGGGACCAACGAGCAUUUACGACCACAUGAUUGAGACCGUCUUUUUCUUCUCUUGCUUCUUCUAGUGAAUAGAUGAGAAUAAAAACUUUUUGUAUUAAAAUCUUUAUUCGGUUUUUGUUUUUUCUACUUAGUUAGAUAUGCUCCACCAACUUUAUUCGGUUUUUGUUUUUUCUAGUUAGAUAUGCUCCACCAACAGUAUUAAUAUCUUUAUCUUAAGAAUUGACUCAGAGUGAGGCUGAGCUAUAAGUUCGCCAGGCUGACGCACGUAGCGUUCUAGCUGGAGUGCAGAGGUAUGCAAUCUGAAAGCUGAAAAUAAGAUGAAUUCCAUGCCCAUGCUCUAAUGCAUUACCGAGUUAGGAGGAACCAGCACUACGUCAAUGGUCGGCGAUGCUUCGUCUCUCCUCGUCAACAGCCUAAGCCUUGAGGCAACUGCAAGUACGAUGGCCCCGAAGUUGAGCACCAGCGAAGAGCAAUGUACAGCUGGCCAGUCUUCCAACGUACAGGAUGAUAUCAAGGACUCUAGUACACCAUGUUCUUCCGUGGCCGCGGCAGUGAUCAGGGUAGGCGCAGACGUGGAGAAUAAAAACAAUAAGGAACAACAAGAUGGAGCAACAUUAAUGGGAGAGAGUAUGAGUACUAUCGCUAUGUUGAAUAAAGUGGGGAAGGAGGGGGCUUCGACGACCGCAGACCAAAAGUCUAGCCCAUCAACAGAAGCAGG